AGGGAGUAUCUUUUAAAGACGGUAAUUACAUGCCUAAACAAUCGCAGCUUGAUAGAAAACCAUACCACAAAGGGUGCCCUAAAGUGGAUUUUGCUUUCAUCCGUGUCAUGUAAAACCCUAAUCGUUGAUACUCUGCAAAUCCAUUUGCAAUCACCCACUACAUUUGUUUCGCCUCGAUACAACUUCAAUCAUUUCAUUUCUUUCAAUGCAUCUAAAAGAUUUCCGGAGAAAUAUAACGAAAUCCCUGUUAAAAUCCUCUCAUACACCACCUUAUUCCACAAUUCUCACCCAAUUAAAUCCCACACAGAGCUACACAUCACCCCUAUAUCGCCGAAAUCACAUCUUAUUUCCCUCAAAUCCUUUACUCCCAUUACAUUUCCCACAAAAAACCCCAAGUUUUGCAGUGCAAAGGUGCAAUUUUGUCAAUGUUCCAGCGAGGGCGGUAACUGUUUGUAAAAAUGCCCAAGUAAAGCUUAAAGCAGAUUUUGAAACCGCGCAACAAGCAGAAGUGAUCUGUAAGCUAGUAUCCGCGAUUGGGAAUUCGCAAAAUGUAGAAGCCGCCAUGAAUUCUGCUACGUCGACUGAUUGUCUGUCUCCAAAUGUGGUUCUUGAAGUGUUAAAGAGAUUAAACAAUGGUGGAAUCAUGGCGCUGUCCUUUUUCCGGUGGGCGGAGAAGAAAAAAGGUUUUCAGCACAGUUCAGAAUGCUACAACUGUCUAAUUGAGUCAUUGGGGAAAAUCGAACAGUUCAAAAUGGUGUGGUUAUUGGUGGAUGAGAUGAAACUGAAAGGCCUGCUUUGUGCUGACACAUUUGCCCUGAUUUCGCGGAGGCUAGCGAGGGCGAGGAAGGUAAAAGAGGCUAUAGAGACGUUUGAGAGGAUGGAGAGAAAGUAUGGAAUGAAGCCUGAGCUGCAGGACUACAAUAGAUUGCUCGACACAUUAAGCAAAUCUAGGCAAGUGGAGAGGGCCCAAAUGGUGUUCGACAAAUGGAAAAACACGAGGUUUAUGCCCGACCUCAAAUCAUACACGAUCAUGUUGGAGGGGUGGGGUCAAGAGCGCAACUUCCUAAGGCUUGAUGAGGCUUUUCGCGAGAUGAAGGAGGAUGGAUUUGAGCCUGAUGUUGUGACUUAUGGGAUUCUUAUCAAUGCUUACUGCAAAGGAGGAAAGUAUGAUGAUGCUGUAAGAUUAUACUAUGAGAUGGAAGGAAAGAAUAUUAAGGCAACGCCUCAUAUAUAUUGUACCUUGAUAAAUGGUUUGGGGUCCGUAAAGAGGUUGAACGAAGCUGUCAAGUUCUACGAGUUAUGCAAGGGCAGCGGCUGUGAUGUCGAGGCUCCCACAUAUAAUGCUUUGGUGGGUGCUUAUUGCAAGUCAUGGAGGAUGCAUGAUGCUUAUAAGGUAGUUGAUGAGAUGAGGAAAUGUGGAGUCGGGCCUAACACGCGAACAUAUGAUAUAAUCCUUAAUAAUCUUGUAAAACUUCAGAGAAGCAAAGAGGCGUAUGGUGUUUUUCAGAGCAUGAAAGGGGAGAUGGGGUGUGAGCCGAGUGUGAGCACAUACGAGAUCAUGGUGAGGAUGUUCUGCAACGAAGGGCGCACGGAUAUGGCAAUGCAAAUAUGGGCGCAGAUGAAGGCGAGGGGCGUGCUCGCGGGGAUGCACAUGUUUUCAGCAUUGAUUGAUAGCUUAUGCAAUGAAAGGAGGAUAGAUGCUGCCUGCAAAUAUUUUCAUGAGAUGCUGGAAAUGGGCAUGCGGCCUCCAGAUCGCAUGUUCAAGCAGCUGAAGCAGUUUCUUGUUAAAGAGGGGAAACAAGACAUUGUCAUUAUCUUUGCUCACAAAAUUGAGAAGCUGAGGAAAUCCCCUUUUGUUGGUUGAUUUCAUGUUGUGCUAUACACUAAUUUAACUCAUUAGGUUAUAUUAAUUCUUGCUUUCUGUUUCCCAAAAUGAGACUUUGCCAAUGACAAUCUUGAUUCUUGAAAUCAA